UUCUUGUUCCCACAGCUUCUUGACAUUUUCCAGUGGAGUAUAAUUUGGCGUUUUCAUGAACUUGAAGCAACUGAACCGUCCAGCUGCCCACGUUGCCGCUGGGUCGCUCAGCACAUCCUUGCCCACUUUAGAGGAGAAAACAGCGAGCAACUAAAGGGGGGCAAGACGCGUCCUUGUUUCCCGAUAAUAUUUUGCCCAAUCCUCGCUGGUGCGCUCUGGAUAGACCUGGAGCUAUUUCAAGCUUGCUGUUUCUCUGGAUAUAUAACAUUAGAAUGUUAGCAUCAGUACCUUUUGGAGUAAGCGUCUAACUUAAUGUUACCAUUACGCUCGAGCGUCGACGUUUGUUGGAACGCAUAAAUGGACGAAUACCAGGAAGACUGAAUCGGAAUUGUUGUCGGGAAAAAUGUGGCUGAAGCGGUGUGUCACACGCAGUUCCAUGGUUGUUUGGAGACCUGGGGGAAUGUUGGGAUGUAGAAUGUGUAUCCUCUUCAUCCUUGUCCAUAUUACAUUGGAUCUGUCUCUGUGUGCACCAGUAGGCCAGAGCCUCAUGCUCAAACUACUGCCCAGAACAGUGCCCUACCUGCAGCCACACCUUCUGCCCAAUCGGGAAAUGCUCAAUGGCCAGCACUUGAGGACUCGGGGCACCUUGUAUCGUGGUUUUCCCCCUCCUUUGCCAUUACAGCUGGGGGCCACCAAAUUAUGGGGGCAAAGGAACCGCAGGUCUCUCCAGAAACAACAACUUUGUGCAGAGUGUAAAUUGACCCCCUCUUACAAAGGGAAGUCAAUUGCAUUACCAGAGGGGAGUAAAUCUGAUUUAAAUCUGCAUUUAUCUCGCUCACGGAGGCAGCUGAAAGGGGAUGCCUAUGACACCCUGGAGGGGAGGACCACCACAGUUGCAGGAUUUAUUGACUGGGGCCCAACAGGGGCUGAUGAGGGAGUUGAGGAGGAUGCAAGGGUGACUCCAAACACCACUGUCACCUCAUUACCUCCCUCCACCACCACAGUUAGUGUAACUAGCACUACCACGCGGAGCCCCCAAAGGACGCAUGCGGUGAUUUCAACCGUGCACCCUAAGAGGCACAGCACCACACAGCCAAGCGCUAACUCCAGAGUGACUGCCAAAUCACCUAAACCUUUUGGGGACACACCAGGUCUGGCUGUUCACCAGAUCAUCACUAUCACUGUGUCCCUCAUCAUGAUCGUCGCCGCCUUGAUCACUACUCUAGUCCUUAAAAACUGUUGUGCACAGUCGGGGAAUGGCCGACACAGCAGCCACCAGAGAAAGAUCAAUCAGCAGGAGGAGAGCUGUCAGAACCUGACCGACUUCACGCCUGCCCGUGUGCCCAGUAAGGUGGACAUCUUUACCGCCUACAACAACAGUUUACAGUGCUCGCACGAGUGUGUGCGAGCCGGCAUACCAGUGUACACAGAUGAGAUGAUCCAGCACACACCAAUCUACCAGACCUCUUAUAAUGGAAACAGACCGUCGCCCACUGAAAGGCAGCUAAUCCCCGUGGCCUUUGUGUCUGAGAAAUGGUUUGAGAUCUCCUGUUGAGGCGCUUUUACUACCUUUGGGUUGAGCCCACAUCUUCAAUUUGUGCCCUGGAUCCCACUGGAAAACCUGUGAAUCAAGUAUAAGAACAUGACCACAACACAAAAAAGCUAAACACAAGAAAAACAACAAACAAGCAAUUACAGUGAUGGGAACAGAGAUGAACAGAAAUGGAAUGAAGAUGUUUAUUUUUCUAGACUGAUUGCAAUGCUAUGGAUGCCAAUCCCAAAUUAUUUUCCAUAGACAUGUGGUCAUUUAGAGAUGAUAUAUCUAGAGCUGAUAUAUUAUAUACGUUUAUAACUGCACAUGUGGGUGUGCUGGAGUGGAAUUCGGCUGCAGAUAUUUUGAGAAGACGCUCUCUCUGGAUACGUCUGCUUGCGUGGAGGAAAGACUAUUUUGAACUUUGUGCCAAUAAUGCCAUUAUGUGCCACUACAUAUAUAGAUGGGACGCUUUCAGUUUCGUGGAAAAUUGCUGACACAACUUUAAGUAAUUUCAGUGACUGUCUCCAAAUAUCAAUCUGUCAUACGUUUUUGUAUAUAAAAAAGUAUGAAUAUGUAUUUGAACAUGUUUUGAAAUAGCUGAGGAAAUGUGUUGCAAAUAUCCAGAAAAUAUUUAUAUGGAACACAAUUCAGUUAGAUAAAAAAUAAGCCUAUUGAGGAAUAGUAUACCCAGGUUUUAAUUUCACUACAUUCUUAAAGGCCCCAUUUUAAAGAAAUAGUCUCUAUUUUUAUAUAAACAAGGUUACUUAUGAGUCAGAGAGACCCAAUUCAACUGGAGUCUUGGGACUGUUAAUCAGCAAGCUGAGGUUCCAUGAUGAGUUAAAGACUUUUUUUUUUUAUCAUACAGAAUUCAGAUACAGUAUUCAUUCAUAUCUUAUUUGAUUUACCAAAGCCAUGUUUUUGUCCUUUUUUUCAUUUCAUUUCUUUCUUUCUUUCUUUUUUUUUUUUUUUUUAAGAAUUGAAUAGACAUCAUUAAUGAGAA